UUUCACAGAGCUGAAAUAAUAACCACUCCUCCAAAUAUAGUGAAACCUGUUAUAGAACUGUAACGUGGACAAGAGAGUUUCACUCCGAACCUCCAGUUUUCAAGAACCCAUUUCUCAUAUCAUUCAUUCUAACAUGUAUAAGAAGACCUCGAUAUUCCUGGAUGAAGCAGGGCAUCCAAUAACUCCCAAGGGGUCAAUCGGAAUCACCAUUAAUUUUUUGUUAAAAGAACAAAGAAAAAUGGAGUCCAAGACCCCUUCUUUACUCUUCCUUGCUCUCUUUUGCAUCUUCUCUUCAACCUCUACGGCUUUCAACAUCACCAGGAUUCUUUCUAACUACCCCGACUUUAGCACCUUCAACAGUCUCCUUACUCAAACUGGCCUCGCCCAACAAAUCAACAGCCGCCAAACCAUCACCGUCCUUGCCGUCAGUAACGGUGCUAUCGGUGGUGUUUCUGGCAAACCAGUUGACAUUGUCAAGAGGAUAUUGAGUGCCCAUGUCAUUCUUGAUUACUAUGAUCAAAAGAAGCUUGAAAAUAUUAAAAAACAGAGCAGCAUUCUUACAACUCUGUAUCAGACAACUGGAAGUGCAAACGAUCAACAAGGUUUCUUAAAUGUUACAAAGACUCCUAAUGGAAUCGUGUUUGGGUCUGCGGUGAAGGGUGCUCCUCUAACUGUAUCUCUUGAAGGAUCAGUGGCUUCACAGCCUUACAACAUUUCGGUGCUUCAAGUAGGCGGUGUUAUUGAGGCUCCAGGGAUCGAGAACAUGGCUCCUCCACCGCCUCCUGCUCCAAAGACAGCAUCUGCUCCUGCUCCUGCUCCAACAUCAGCUAAGACUCCCGCCGAGGCGCCUGCACCUGCCGCUGAGGAACCAGCUGCUGAUGAUGCACCAACCGAGGCACCUACUCCUGCUGCAGAAGCACCUAACGCUGAUGCACCCCUUAGCUCUCCUCCACAGCCUAACUCAACGCCUGCUGAUGAGACACCGGCUGCUGCACCUGCUCACUCAGGUUCCUCACGUUUGCAUGUAGACGGUGUUGUUGCGGUUGCCAUGGGAUUGGUGGCAUGCAUGAUGGGUUUCUAAGCUUUUCACAAAAUCUUUUCUGGAAAAUGAGUGAUGUAAAUCCUUUUCUAUCUGUAAUCAUCCCUUUUCUACUUCAACUCUAUGUAAGAUCCUCAUUCUUUUGUUUUUAAUACGGGCAUACUUUGUUUUGCCUGAUUUAAAAACUGCCAAACUUAGGGAUUCAAAUUUGUCAGGACUUCAUUCGUUUUAUCCAAUUCAACAUGCCAAUGUAAUUCUAUAUUGCAUCUAGAAACCUUAAAUCGAACCUUCCUAGGCCAUUCAUUUAUCA